AUGUUGGUGUUAAACGUGGUUCUCUUGUGCCUGCUGUCCACGGUGAGUGCGAACAAGACCCUCAGCAGCCAUGCCUCCAUCCUGGCUGACAACAGCGCCGAUUUGGCCUUCAACCUGUACCAAAACCUGGCAAAAGAGAAGGACAUUGAAAACAUCCUGAUUUCUCCAGUGGUUGUGGCGUCCUCGCUGGGUUUGGUGGCUCUCGGAGGGAAAUCCAACACUGCUUCUCAGGUCAAAACCAUCCUGAGCGCCACUACAGUGAAGGAUGAGCAGCUCCACUCGGGGCUGUCUGAGCUUCUCACCGAGGUCAGCAACUCAACAGCACGCAAUGUCACCUGGAAGAUCAGCAACCAUUUGUAUGGGCCCAGCUCUGUGAGCUUCGCCGACGACUUUCUGAAGAGCAGCAGGAAGCAUUAUAAUUACGAGCACUCCCAAAUAAAUUUCCGUGACAAGCGCAGUGCGGUGAAAGCAAUCAAUGAAUGGGUUUCGAAGUCCACCGACGGCAAGCUGCCCGAGGUGACCAAAGAUGUGGAGAAGACAGAUGGAGCCAUGAUCAUCAAUGCCAUGCUUUAUAAACCACACUGGGAUGAGCAGUUUCAUCAUAAGAUGGUGGAUAAUCGUGUGUUUUUAGUGCAUCGCUCCUACUCCGUCUCUUUACCCAUGAUGCAUCGCACAGGCAUUUAUGGCUUCUUUGAUGACACAACCAACAACCUUUUACUUCUGGACAUGCCACUGGCCCAUAAGAUGUCGUCUAUAGUGUUUAUCAUGCCGUACCAUGUAGAAUCCCUGGAGAGAGUGGAGAAACUGCUGACACGCCAACAACUGAACACCUGGAUCAGUAAAAUGGAACAGAGAGCGGUUGCGGUGUCUCUGCCAAAGGUCAGCGUGGAGGUCAGCCACGACCUACAGAAACAUCUCACUGAACUGGGUCUGACUGAAGCUGUGGACAAGGCCAAAGCUGAUCUGUCCAACAUCUCAGGGAAGAAGGACCUCUAUCUGUCCAACGUGUUUCAUGCCUCCGCCAUGGAGUGGGACACUGAGGGAAAUCCACCCGAUACUAGCAUCUAUGGUACCGACAAGCUUAAGAACCCCAAACUCUUCUACGCUGACCAUCCCUUCAUCUUCCUGGUGAAGGACAAGAAGACAAACUCCAUUCUUUUCAUGGGCAGGCUUGUCCGACCAAAGGGUGAUAAAAUGAGGGAUGAAUUGUAAUUUGUUCAUUUAAAUGUGAUUGUACCUGGUUAAUGAGUCUGUGUGGAGAUGGUACACCUGAGUUCGUUCCAUUAGAUCUGCGGACAACCAUGUGCUAUAUGUUACGUUUACUUUGAAAAUUGACAUUUAGGUGCCUCAUAAUGUUUUUUGUUAUAAAAAAAUGCAAGUGUACUUGACAAAGUAUCGUAAAUUCACAUCUAAAUCGGUUUCUGAGAAGUGCAGCAUGCUUAUAUUAAGUAUGAUCUCCAUGAAAUUUGCUAUAAAUCCACACAAACUGCAUUUUUGCUCAGGGGUUUAUCUGUUUUUCUUUGGGUUUCGAUUGCUGGAGUGCAAAAGUCACUAUGCUGAGAGUUUGAUUUCUGAACAAACCUGUGGAUUUUGUUUCACAAGGUGCCUGCGAGUUCACCACGCCAUGCUGAAACAUUCCACUCAGAAGUCCACACUUGUGUCUGCACUAAAUACUGUAUCUGCACUAGACAGCAUGUGAUAUGAGCCCACGUCUACGCUUGUAUUCGCAUUGUCAUUGUCCCAAAACACAGUUAGUUUGUUCCUUGUUUUUUCAAUAAAAUCAGCAUCACUGAGAAUUAAA